AUGGCUCGUGUUAUGAGUUGUUUAUUGAUUGUUGAUCCCAGUAGCGCUGCGCGACCGUGCGAGGUGACCGGGCGACCAAUAAUUGCGCCAUUUUUCGCCGUUGCGGUGUUUUUUGUAGCCGUUGGACGCAUGGCAGUACCAUCUGGAGCAAAGCAACGGUAUAAAGAAGACUGGCUGGUUGGUCAGCGAUGCGUACUGGGGCAGUGCAUUGGUUUCGAGGUAUCAGGGUGUGUGUUUUUUGUGUGGCAUGUGCAGCGAGCGAUGAGUAAUGCAAACAAUAGCGCUAUGAACCACGUUACGUUGCCCCCCAUUUCGUCAUUCGACAACCUUAUCAAGGCAGCCGAGAGGCAGUACAAUGGUGAGGCCUCGUCCGCCUCAGCCCACCCGGCCCUGCCCAACAUGAACAUCAGCAACGGUAGCGCCAGUGCGGGCGCAUCGUCGUCAAUGCUGAGCUACCAGCUGCUUCCGCACUCCAACGACGUGUCCCGAUCGAACUCCAGCUCGAGCUUUCUGCCCUCCGCGCAGCAGCCGGCGGAUGGAUCGACUUCUGCAUCCGAGACCUCUUCCUCUGCGUCUCCCUCACGCUCCAUAUCACCGCCUUUGAAGAUGGCUGCACCUUCGUCUGCCGGUGGUGCUGGUGCUGGUGCUGGUGGCAGUGCCCCCCACAGUAUCAAAAUCAACAAGCCAAGAAAGAAGAAGCAAUGCCCGAUUUGCCGCAACUUCUAUGCUAACCUGACUACACACAAGGCUACGCAUUUGACGCCGGAGGAUAGGCCCCAUAAGUGCCCCAUCUGCCACCGCGGGUUUGCUAGGAACAACGAUUUAUUAAGGCAUAAGAAGAGGCAUUGGAAGGAUGAAAUACUGUCCCAGUCAGGAGCGCUAUCGAGCCCUGCCAAUGAUGUCACGGGCGGGUCUGUUUCGCCCACCGAUGAUGAUACCCAUGAAAAGAUGACACCGAUGAAUUCCGUCACGGAUUAUGCACAAUUGAAGUCGCUGCACCAGAUAAAGGGGACGUUCAAGUGUCCAUUCAACUCCACUUUGAUACAACUAGAUAUGGACAUGUAUCCGUACAAAUUCAAGCCUUUGAAUUUCGAGACCUCCAAUUGCCACCAAACCGGCGUGUUCUCACGUUGUGACACAUUCAAAAACCAUUUAAAGGCUUUGCAUUUCGAGUACCCACCUGGCACUAAGAAAAAGGAUAGAAACAUCGUUCCUGGUAGAUGUAAGCAUUGCGGGCUGAAAUUUGAGAAUGUGGACGUUUGGCUCAACGAACAUGUGGGGAAACAGUGCGGAUAUAAAUACCAUUAA